GGAAUUGAUGCUGACAGACAGCACAAGCUACUCACGAACUUCAGGUAGGAUGCAUCUGUUCUUCAACAACUAAGUAGAACCACGUCGACCCGCAUAAAAGCCCUCGCUUCGCUGCUACGACUGCUGCCCCAGAGCAAAGGGCUCAGAGAAAGUUGUUUGGACGCCCUAGCUUAGGCAGCAAAAACAAUGCCUGCAGCAUGAUGCAGGCGAUCUGGCCACCUCUCUCGAGAAACAGACACCGCCAGACUGCUCGAAUAUCGUCCCUGCCUUUCGCCCACGGGUCGAGAAAGAUGGUAAAAUUUGCCUCGCCGGGGGGCCAAGGUCAUUUAAACCUGGUACGAAGCAUGACAGUGGACAGCGGUGGACAGCAGUGGACAGCCUAAGAGCUUGUGUUGCGACAGUUCAUGCGCAUCCCGGACGGUGACAAAUCGGCGUCGUGUCUAGGUAUGCAUCGGUCCCUUCAUCCUUCGGCUUCGCCUGCUGUCCGCUUGACACGUCAACGGCUUGCAUGAGGUUUGCCUCCGCGCGAAUUACGAGAUUCUCAGUACCAGUCCGCUCUUAUCCUGAGCCCGCAUCUCAAUUUCAGCACAAAAGGGAGCCUCUCCACUACAGCUCGAGCCGAUCUGGAUUCCUUUUCAUCUCUCAAUUUGAUCCCAAGGCGCAUCCCGGUCUAUCAUGCAUGGAUCUACUCCUACGAGAGGAGGCUGGGAGAGCCCAGGACAUUGCAGAGAUUCUCAGCACGAUCCGGAGCAGCGAUCAGGAUCAUGAGCAGGACAUUACCUUGGCGAUCACGGGGCUGAACGGCUUGAGCUGGGCUCUGCGGGAGCUCAACAAUCAGAUCGACGCGGUCAACGGAAAGGUCACCUCAACCUUUGCCGGCGACCUGAAACUCCUUCAGCAUAGCGUCGCCUUCACCCUCCAAGACGUAUGGACUAUCCUUGGCAAGCUACCUCGCGCCCCGGUCGAAGCAGACUACCAGGAUGCCUGGAAAGAAGUCGCCCGAUACUGCAUGAACAUGGGAAAGCAGACCCUCCACACACGACUAGAGACAUAUAAACUCUUCACCUAUUCACUAUGCAAAGUCCUCUCAAGGCAAGCCUUCAACCGCCGACACCUCGAGGAUCUGCGCCUCGAGAUUUUUGACCUCCAGACCCUACAACGCGAAGACAGACGAUUGAUCCCAGCCUCGGAGACGUUUCCGACUCUUUCUCUGGUGCCAGUCCAGCAAGUGAUCAGACCCCUCCCGUCUCAUGAACGAGUAAGACCAGAGCCUCAACGACCCAUGUCGCCGGCGACCUCCCAAGAUAGUUACGAGACAUUCCAGCACCAAGCGGCUCCCAGUCCGCCACCAUUAUCUCCAGUUUCUCCCGCUUCACCCGUUACCACGUUUUCCACUCUAAGUCAAACAUCAAGUGUCGACUCGGACACGAACCACUGGGCCACCAAGAUUUUCAGCAAUUUGCCCAGUACUCCCCUGGAAGUGGACCCAAACCCAUCUUGCUGUUUCGGCGAUGUGGAUGCGCGAUACCGCAGACGACCGGAUCCAGAGUAUGAGAGGAUCCUCCAAUUAAAAUUCCCCGGCGGACUGAGGACGAAAUUCUACUGGCGUGCUCGCGACUACCGCACCAAACUCGUCUGUGAAUGGUAUGACAAUCGAAAGAACCCUCGACUGUCUUGCUUCCCCCUUAGCGAAUUGCACAUCCGGCGGUCUGGGUCAUCGUUGUACCUUUGCUGUCCCACAGUUCGCGGUGCGAGCACUUGCUGGACCAGCCUCAACUUCACUUCGUACGAAUGGCUUGUCAUCUUCCAUUGUACCUUUCUAUCUCUGCGUUCUCAUGACAGCACAUCGCAUUUCCGCAACAUCGACCAUGAUCUGGACGGCGAGGUCCUCCAUUUUGCUGGGGCAAUCCGUGACGGCGGGUACCGCCAUGUCCUCCGAUUGUACCGUGAUAAGAGGACGGACGCCAUGCGCCUCGAAGCAUCUGUCCUCGACAAAGAAAUGAAGGACAGCACGCCCAUCUGGACGGCUUUUAUCACACACAAAAUCACCUCACCUACCUGGUUUCGGUGGCCUAAGAACAGCUCCACGGUUUAUCUUGCUGAACUUCAACGCCACGUCUUUUCUUCCGAAUACGCACCCCACGUCCGCGCAAACGGCGAGCAUCUUCUAGACUUCGAGGUUUUCACUGAUGCCGAAGACUUUGUUAAGACGCUCAAAGACUUGCGUGAUGACGUUCGCAAACCGAAGCCGACCAAAAACGUACGACUCCCUGCUGCAUGACCUAACGACCCUAAUGACUAAUGACACUGACGAUGAAAUGGGCGGCCGUCUUGUUUGGGCUUUUCGACCGUGCGGCAAAAUGGAGGCCUAGUGCCCUUGGAUACCCGAUUCCCCUACCUUUCUUGCCAUGUCUUCUCUGCUCAGCUUGUUGUUUUCCAAGUUCUGCUUGAUCACCUUGCUUUGCUCAUAGCGGAAAAGAGACUAACUGGUCGAGGGACGCCCACAAUGCUUGUUUUUUCUGUUUAUCUGUUUGGUGGUUUGGACGGUUUCUCAUUCCUAGCGAAAAGUCGACCCGCCGAUGCUUGUGAUCCUCCUAAGCCCAACCUCGUACAUUCAUAGAGCAGUAUGUGGCUCUCGAUUCACUUCCAGAAUCCUAUUUUUUAUAUAUAUGUUGAAUGAUGUUCUGUGGUCUCUAAGCCAAGGUUAGGUACUCCCUAUGCAUCGGCGUAGAUGCCGAGCAAGACGCCUGUCCGGCCAGAUUCCGCGAAUUGUUUAGCCGACGAGAUUCCUUUCUGCAAGGACGAUUGGAGAAGAUGUGUCUCUCCACCUUGAUCCUUGCCCUUUUG